GGAAAGGCAUCAUGCAUUUCUGCACUCACAUUGGCUUAUCAGAGCCUUGGAGUUGUUUAUGGUGAUCUCAGUACUUCUCCUCUCUAUGUUUACAAGACCACAUUUUCUGGAAAGCUUAGGGUUCAUGAGGAUGAUGAGGAGAUUUAUGUGCUGUCCUUCAUCUUCUGGACGUUUACCCUUAUUGCUCUUUGCAAAUACAUAAUCAUUGUCAUGUCUGCUGAUGAUAAUGGAGAAGGAGGCACUUUUGCAUUAUACUCUCUACUGUGCAGACAUGCAAGACUUAGUGUUCUUCCCAAUCAACAAGAUUCGGAUAAGAAAUUGUCCUCUUACGCAACAGAAGGGUCAGCAGACACUUGGGAUAGCGCUUUUUUGAAGUCUUUUGCUGAGAAGCACCAAAAGUUUCGGAAUAUACUCUUGAUCUUUGUUCUUCUGGGGACUUGUAUGGCCAUUGGUGAUGGCAUAUUUACUCCUGCAAUAUCAGUUCUUUCAGCUGUUUCGGGCGUUAAAAUUAAAGCCUCAGAACUUCAUGAGAAUUAUGUUGUGGUGAUCUCCUGCGUCAUUCUGGUGGUACUAUUUUAUAUUCAACAUCAUGGAACAAGUAGGGUUGCUUUUUUAUUUGCUCCAAUUGUUAUAGCAUGGCUGCUCUGCAUCAGCAGCAUUGGUAUGAAUAACAUAAUCAGGUGGAACCCACACAUAUAUCAAGCUCUAUCUCCAAUUUACAUGUUGAAAUUUCUAAAAGACAGGCUGGAAGGUUGGGUGUCUUUAGGAGGAGUAGUUCUCUCAAUUACAGGCGUGGAGACAAUGUUUGCUGUCCUGGGCCAUUUUUCGGCAUUGUCAAUUAAGGUGGCCUUUAUAUUUCUCGUAUAUCCAUGUCUGAUUCUUGCAUAUUUGGGUGAGGCUGCAUAUCUCUCUCAGCAUCAUCACGAUAUUGAAAGCAGCUUCUACAAAGCCAUACCAGAACCCGUGUUUUGGCCAGUGUUUAUAGUGGCCACAUUAGCAGCAGUUGUGGGAAGUCAAGCAGUAAUAUCUGCUACCUUCUCCAUUGUAAGCCAGUGCUGUGCGUUACAUUGUUUUCCGCGUGUGAAGAUUGUCCAUACAUCAAGUAAAAUAUAUGGUCAGAUCUACAUUCCGGAAAUCAAUUGGAUAUUAAUGUGCCUGUGUUUAAUUGUGACAAUCAUAUUGAGAGACACAAACAGGAUCGGACAUGCUUAUGGACUGUCGGUAACAUCUGUUAUGUUUAUAACAACAUGUUUGAUGACCCUGGUGAUGGUAAUAGUAUGGAAGCAAAAGGCUGUAGUGGCUGCUUCCUUCUUAGUAAUUUUUGGGUCGAUAGAGCUCCUGUACCUGUCAGCAGUCUUCUUUAAGGUCCUGGAUGGUGGUUGGAUUUCACUACUUCUGUCGUGGACUAUCAUGGCCACAAUGUUCAUCUGGAACUAUGGAUCCCUCAAGAAGCACCAGUUUGAUUUGGAGAACAAGGUCUCAAUGGACAGGAUAUUGGCUUCAGGACCUAGUCUCGGAAUGGUUCGAGUUCCUGGGAUUGGGCUUAUUUACACCAAUCUAGUGACAGGCAUACCAGCCAUUUUUGGGCACUUUGUGACAAACUUGCCUGCUUUUCAUCAAGUGCUAGUUUUUGUAUGCGUAAAGUCUGUUCAAGUUCCCUAUAUCAGGGAGAAGGAACGGUUUCUAGUAACCAGGAUAUAUCCAGAAGACUAUGGUAUGUACAGGUGCGUCAUCAGAUACGGCUACAAAGACCUACAACAGGAAAACUAUGAUUUUGAGAACAGACUGGUGUCCGAAAUUGUUAACUUCAUAGAAACGGAAGGAGAAAAUGAGCCAACACUAAGGAUGCAAAUUUGCACAUGUUCUGGAAACUCUGAUGAUGAAGCCGUCGAUGUUUCUGAGCAGAUGCUCUCCUAUCCAAAUCAGGGAGAGACAACGAUGCAGUCUAAAAAUAUCGGAGUGUUGAUUUCACAAGAUGGACAUUGCAAAAGACCUCACCUGAAGGAGGAAUCAGUACACAUACUGAGAGCUAGGGAAGCUGGCAUGGCUUACAUCCUGGGGCAUUCUUAUGCCAGGGCAAAGAAAUCAUCUUCGAUUUUCAAGAAAGUAGCCAUUAACGUAAUUUAUGCUUUCUUAAGCAGGAAUACUAGGCGACCUGAGGUGGUGCUGAAUGUGCCUCCUACAUCAUUGUUGGAAGUGGGUAUGAUUUACCAUGUCUAAUUUCUGACAGAAUCUGCAGAGAGAAGCGUCAGGAUAUGCUACAUUGCGACUGACUUUUGUGAUGGAAGCUGGUGAACAAACAAAAUGUUACCCGAGUUGAAGUUUCCUCAUCUAUGAUGAGCUUCAGGUUAAAAAUUUAGCAGUGCUAAAUGUACUCUGUAUAUACAAGUGCCAGAACAUGAUAAAAAAAGCAGUAGAUAUACAUUUGAAUACACAAAUUUUCGUAUCUUUUUGGGGUUUGACCACCGAUUGUCAAAAAAGAAAUAAAACUGAUAAUUCUCGUCA